GCGCAUGCGCCUUCACUUAGCUGCUCAGUUGCUGUAGUUACCAGGAAGCUUAGCUGGGAUGGCCAACUAGGCUACCCUCUUCGAGAUAAAUUCAUGUUUAUCCUCGCGUGUUCGGUCUGAGAUGGCAUGGUAAGCCGAGGUGCCGGACUCCACAAAGCUUUUCAUCUCGCAGCUCUUCCGGCACUUUGAAGAAAUGCCAUCUGUGGUCAGGGAUGAAGAGGAUUCAGAGUCCCACCUGGAGGAUGAGCAGGAAGACCAUCCUUGCAUCGCCUGGAGUGGCCUUAGCAGGAGGAUCCCUGUCCUGGUGUUCUGCGCCGAGGCCAUUAUCUCUAAAGAUGGGAAUCUAUGCUCUAUUGGAGAGCGAUAUAACAUGGCCUUCAAGAUUGUUCGCACAGAAAGUCGCCUAGUCAGAGGAAUACUCACAAACCAUGGAUUCAAUGAGAUCCACCCCAACAGUAAUGACUUCAACCUCAUGUGGACCGGCUCACACUUCAAGCCUUACCUCCUGCGCACCCUUCAGGACUUCCAGAAGGUCAACCACUUCCCCAGGUCCUACGAGUUGACGCGCAAGGACCGACUGUACAAGAACAUCCAGCGCAUGCAGCAGGCGCACGGCUUCAAGAACUUCAACAUCGUCCCGCAGACCUUCGUGCUACCCUCCGAGUACAAGACCUUCUGCAGUUGUUUCUCCAAGGAUAAAGGGCCAUGGAUCAUCAAACCUGUUGCGUCCUCCAGAGGGAGAGGGAUCUACCUGGUCAGCAAUCCAAGCCAGAUCUCAAUGGACAAAAACAUCUUGGUGUCUCGCUACGUUAACAAUCCCCUGUUGAUACACGACUUCAAGUUCGACGUGCGGUUGUACGUGCUGGUGACCUCGUACGACCCCCUCCUCGUCUACCUCUACGAAGAGGGCCUAGCCAGAUUCGCGACGGUCAAGUAUGACCGGGCUUCGAAGAACAUCAAGAACCAGUUCAUGCAUCUCACCAACUCCAGCGUGAACAAAAAGAGCAGCGACUACGUCAGUUGCGAUGACCCUGAACUGGAGGAUUACGGCAACAAGUGGAGCAUGAGUGCCAUGUUGAGGUAUUUGAAGCACGAGGGGAAAGACACCACAUUGCUGAUGAAGCAGGUGGAAGACCUCAUUGUGAAGGCGGUGCUCAGUGCUGAACUGCAGAUUGCCAGUGCCUGCAAGAUGUUCUGCCCGUACAGGACCAACUGCUUCGAGCUGUACGGGUUCGACGUGCUCAUAGACACCGACCUCAAGCCUUGGCUUCUGGAGGUUAACCUCUCCCCCUCCCUGGCGUGCGACGCUCCUCUGGACCUCAAGAUAAAGGCCAGCAUGAUAGCUGACAUGUUUUCCAUCGUGGGCUUCGUGUGUCAGGACCCCCUGCUGAAACAGCCGCGCUCCGAACGCAACGCUGUGGAGCCCACUCUCAGGCCGCCGGCGCCGAAAUCCACGAGGCAGAGGCCAAUGUCAGCCUGCGACGCAGGCACCCAGAGCUCUGAGGACAUGCUGGAGGGCACCCUGGGCCGGGGGGGCAGUAGCACCCUGGGCCGGGGGGGCAGUAGCACCCUGGGCCUGACCGCUGAGGAGAUCAAAGUGUUGAGGAGGACCACGGAGGAGUACGAGAGACGGGGGGGCUUCAUCAGGAUCUUCCCCACCCGAGACUGGGAGCUCUAUGCUGGAUAUCUGGAGUGCAAGACAUCGAUGAACUCCAUGUUGGCCAGCAGGCUUUUCCAUGAAAGUAACGUCGGCGGGGACGGGCCGCCGGCCCAGGACGUCUUCAACAGCUGUCACGGCGCUCAGUACGAGAGGAAGCUGACCUCGCUGGAGGGCCGCAAGAAACGCCGGCGCUGCCUGGCCCAGAGGUCCACCGCCGCCCGGAAGAAGACCACCGGGAGGGACUCCAAGGCCUGUCCCGCCGAGAUCAGCAGGCGGGGGCUUCGGGCGGGGGAGGAGCUUGUCAAGGAGCCAAUCGGAAGCAAGCCUCCCGGAGCGGUCAGCCCAAUGACAGACUUCCCCGACUCAAGCCUCUCUGUCUGGGAGGCGGCCAGGCGCGGGCCCACACCCAAGGUGAACCUGCUGCUCAUCCUGCAGCAGGGCUGGGACCUGAGUAAGGUGCAGGCGCGCACGGCCUUCACCUGUUACCUGUGCCGGGUCCAACAGCGCCUCUCGGCUGAGAGCAUGGCCAGCGGCGCCCCAGCCGGGCCGGAGAAGGACGACGACCAAAUGGAGCUGGUGGUCCGCUUCCUGCAGAGAGCAGCCAGUAACAUGCAGCAGGACGUCAGGCUGGACCUGCCCAGUCGCCAGCUCGCGCCGCAGGCCCGCAGACGCAUUCUGUCCACUCAGCUGGGAGACUUCAUCCACUGCUACAGCAAGGAAACGGAUCAGAUGCUGCACCAAUCAGAGAGCGGCGGCGGCGACGAGGAGCGCUGCAUAAACCCUGGCGUGUUCAUGGAGUACAUCGCAGGAGCAAGCGAAAACGAGCUGGAGGCCGUUCUGACGUUCUACACACACAAGAAUAAAUCAGCCAGCGUCUUUCUUGGAACCAAAGUGUGCAGCGUCAGGAGAGACAUUCCUGAGAGGAGCAGCUCCGGAGAGCAGGUCAAGUCCAGGCGCCCUCAAACUCUGGCUCUGGCCACAUCCAGCAGCUCAGCCUGCACCCCUAAACCCAGCCCCGACCCGGCCCCCCGCACCCCCACUCCCACCCACCCCGCUCCCGCCGCUGCCUACCCAGCACCCAGGGACCCGCAGCCACAGGCCCCGUCCACCAGGACGACCCCCGGCCCGCCUCGCCCGGCCCCCCGCGGCCCCCAGCACUCCUCCAGCUUCCCCGUGUCCUUCGACCGCUGCCACGCCCUUCCUCCACGGCCCCUCCCCCGCCGCCCCAUCUCCUCUGAGUCCCUGCCCCUGCACUGUCCGCCCCCACCCCCACCAGCAGCACCACCCCCACCCCCGUCGCUGGCCUCUAAACCCCCGCCCUACACACACGCCACGCCCUGGAUGCCCGCGCGGUACCCCCACCGGAUGCCCGAGCCCCCGUCUCAGCCGCCGCCACCUCCGCCGCCACGCACCGGGCCCCACGCCACCCCACCGCCCAGCCAGGGGAUGAGGAGGGUCCAGUCCUUCGUAGCCCCCUCCUCCUCCUCCUCCUCCUCCUCCUCCUCCUCCUCGUCGGGCUCUGCGGCGUUGGGCUCCAUGCGGGCCGCGGCGCACGUCUGCAACCAGAAGAUCAGCAGACCCAUCUCCGCCGGCCAGGCCCAAGGGAGCAGGAGGGCCUGCCCUGGGAGGCCGAGGCCGGAGCAGGAGGCUGUGGCGGCGGGGGCGGGGGAGCUGUGCUCUCUGGCGGCCCAGGCCCAGUCCAACCAGCAGGCCAUCGUCGUGGCUCUGCAGAGGCUGGCGGACAAGCAGUCAGCCCGCCAUUACAACAGCUCCAGCACCAUCAACCUGCUGACACAGCAUCUCGCCAACCUCAACCUGGACAGUGGGAUCAUCAGCAGGGGAGGCUUCACCUUGGGGCCCAGGGCCCCCCCAGCUCCCCCUGUUAGCCAGGGGCCACGCAGGGCCCUCAACGCAGAAACACCCCCCUCCGGGGGCACCGGUCCCAGGAUGCCGGCCCGGAGCGCAGGGGUCCACUGGAGCGAGGAGGAGACCCCGGCCCACAGGCAUGUGACCGGGCCGGGCCCCCAGCCCCAGGGGAGUUACCGCUUCCAGUUCGCCAUCCAACAGCUGCUGGACCAGAGCCACACUCGCCAUCAGGCCCUGCUGCUGGAACCCACGAGUACCCAAUGGCCCCGGGCCCCUAACAACUCCCCUGCGCACCCUCCGGGGGCCACCCGGUCUGCACCAGCACCACUCAGACCCACGACCCCUCUCUGCACCGGCCCGAGCGGGGCCCCGGGAGGCCCCCGCUCGCCCCCAAGCCCCCCAGUGGUUCCCGGGACGGCCUGGCCAGGAAGACGGAGACCCAGCGCCUCACGUAAGACCACCGCUGUCGUUUCAGGAAACAGAACCCAGCGACUACCCAGCGCUAAUUUGGCGUUGGCGUCUUCUCCAGUGUUUGAAGUGGGUCCGUCUGCGUACAGCAGGCUGUUCCAGGCCCACGAGCCCCAGCACAGAUGA